AUGGAAAAAUAUUAUCAUCCUUUUCAUUUAGUAAAUCCUAAUCCUUGACCAUUUUGUAUAUCAAUGGGUGUAUUGUAUUUAACAUUAAAUACUGUUGCUUAUUUUCAUAAAGGAUUUUAUUAUCCUUUAUUAUUAAGUUUUAUUUUAAUAAUUUUAUUUAUGAUUUUAUGAUUUACAGAUAUAUUUGUAGAAUCUAGUUUAGAAGGGGCUCAUACUAAAUUAGUUUUAACAGGUCUAAAAUUAGGUUUUAUACUAUUUAUAAUUUCAGAAAUAUUAUUCUUCUUUUCUUUUUUUUGAGCAUUUUUUCAUUCUAGUCUUUCUCCCUCUGUAGAAAUAGGAAUAAAUUGACCUCCUUUAGGAAUAAUAACUUUAAACCCAUUUUCUAUACCACUAUUAAAUACUAUUAUUCUUUUAUCAUCAGGAGUAAGUGUUACUUGAUGUCAUCAUAGUUUAAUACAAAAAAAUAGAAAUCAAAGUUUAAUUAGUUUAAUAAUUACUAUUACUUUAGGAUUAUUAUUUACAUUUUUACAAGCUUUAGAAUACUUAGAAUCUAAUUUUUGCAUAUCUGAUUCUGUUUAUGGUUCUAUCUUUUUUGUAGCUACAGGAUUUCAUGGAAUUCAUGUUAUUAUUGGUACUAUAUUUUUAUCAGUAUGUUUACUUAAAAUUUAUUUUUCUCAUUUUACUAAUUCUCGUCAUUUUACUUUUGAAGCUGCAUCAUGAUAUUGACACUUUGUUGAUGUUGUUUGAUUAUUUUUAUAUAUAUGUAUUUAUUGAUGAGGUUCUUAA